CACCUUCCCCUUCCCAAGCGGAGCAGUAUAACCAACCCAGCGGCCCAGCCACCUCGCAGGAACGCGCCACCAGCCAACAGAGCAAAAAGCCGCUGCUCCGAUGGCCGCCUCCCUCUCCGCCCCCACCUCCACCCCCACCCCGUCCUUCACCCUCCCCACCAAAGCCUCCCCCGGCACCGGCUCCGUCUCCGUCUCAUUCCCCUGGGCGAGGGAGCCGCAGAAGUGCAGGGCCAGGAUGGCGGUGAGGGCGGAGGCGGUGGACACGACCAUCAGCCCGCGGGUGAGUGCGCUCCGCCCGUCCAAGACCAUGGCCAUCACCGACCAGGCCACCGCGCUGCGCCAGGCCGGCGUGCCCGUCAUCGGGCUCGCCGCCGGGGAGCCCGACUUCGACACGCCGGCCGUGAUCGCCGAGGCUGGGAUGAAUGCUAUCAGGGAUGGCGCUACAAGAUACACGCCCAAUGCCGGGACUCUGGAGCUGAGGAAUGCUAUCUGCAAAAAGCUUCAGGAGGAGAAUGGUUUGUCCUACACCCCCGAUCAGGUGCUAGUGAGCAAUGGAGCCAAGCAGUGCAUUACACAAGCUGUGCUUGCCGUCUGCUCACCUGGUGAUGAAGUUUUGAUACCUGCCCCAUAUUGGGUCAGCUAUCCUGAGAUGGCUAGACUGGCUGGUGCAACGCCAGUUAUUCUCCCUACAAGCAUAUCAGACAAUUACCUGCUAAGGCCAGAGUCACUUGCCUCGGUGAUCAAUGAAAAUUCAAGGAUCUUGAUUCUCUGCUCUCCAUCUAAUCCAACAGGGUCUGUGUAUCCUAAGGAGUUGCUUGAGGAGAUUGCUGCUAUAGUCAGAAAGCAUCCUAGGCUCCUGGUUUUAUCUGAUGAGAUCUAUGAGCAUAUUAUCUAUCAACCUGCUAAACAUACAAGCUUUGCUUCUUUGCCUGGAAUGUGGGAAAGAACAUUAACUGUAAAUGGGUUUUCUAAGGCUUUUGCUAUGACCGGUUGGAGACUUGGAUACUUAGCUGCCCCUAAACAUUUUGUCUCGGCCUGUGGAAAGAUCCAAAGCCAGUACACCUCGGGGGCCAGUAGUAUAUCACAGAAGGCAGGGCUUGCAGCUUUGAACCUGGGUUAUGCCGGUGGUGAAGCAGUAUCAACCAUGGUCAAAGCAUUCCAGGAGCGUCGUGAUUACCUUGUAAGCAGCUUUAGGGAGCUGCCAGGAGUCAAGAUAUCAGAACCUAAGGGAGCCUUCUAUUUAUUUAUCGACUUCAGCUCCUACUAUGGUUCUGAGGUGGAAGGUUUUGGCACCAUCAGGGACUCUGAGGCCCUCUGCAUGUUCCUGUUAGAGAAGGCACAGGUUGCACUUGUCCCUGGGGAUGCAUUUGGAGAUGACAAGGGUGUUCGCAUUUCGUACGCUGCAGCUAUGUCAACACUGCAAACUGCAAUGGAGAAGAUAAAAGAAGCCAUGGCUCUGCUUAGGCCCCCUGUUGCCGUUUAAUGAAACCAACGUUUUGCUAGUCCUCUGUGUACCAAAAGACUUCUGCAAUGCUCUAUCAUAUUAAAUACAUCUAUUGACGUAAAAUAGAGUUUCAUUUUCUUUUCUUUUCAGAAAAAUUGUUUGUGCUAUCAUUUGACUUUAUCUUGUUGUUUGUAUAUGAAGACUUGGAAUUUAUACUCAUCGCGGUGAAAAUGAACUCUGCAGUGUUCUUUUUGCCUGCAAUGGAAAAUAUGUCUUCACUGAGUUUUGACAACAUGAAA